UAGUUCUCAAUUAAGGCUGGAACGAGAAGUUAUGUCCUUUUAAAAUUUUUAAUUGAUCAGACAAGAGCUUUAAAUUAAAAAGUGACUUAACAUGGAAAAAUAUUUGAUACCUAUGUUGGCAUUUUUUGGCAUGUCCUUUUCACAGGAUGUCUACAACUAUGAUGAAAAUGCAGCCAGUGAAGUUGUAGGAAAUUCAUCCGGGAUACGUCUUGUUGGAGCUGCCAGGGCUGACACUUCCCAAUAUCCUUUUGUUGUGGGAUAUACCUUAGCUGCAACUGAUAAGGACUUCAGUUCAUGCACAGGGUCAGUUAUCUCUAAGGACUGGAUAGUCAGUGCAGCCCAUUGUAUUUUGUUCUUGGUUGACACGAAUGACCUGAAAGCAUGUGCAGAGGAGACUGCAAAAGGGCAGCCUUUCACAAACCCCAAAACACAGGGAAAGGUCAAGUGUGUGAUUACAGAGGCUGAAGACAUUCACAUUUUUCCAAUUGAACCUAAGGCUUUUGCAUAUAUUGGUAUAGCUAAUGUCAAUGAAGUGGCAGAUGUUUCCAAAGGAGAAAAGCUUCCAAUAGAAUAUGUUGUACGCCACAAGAAUAGUUACAGAGGGGGAGGAAAUUAUGGUACCUAUGGAGGUUAUGAUAUCACUUUAAUUCAUUUAGCUUCACCAACAAAUGCAGAACCAGCCUGUCUUCCAUCCAGUGAUUUUAAAGACUCAAGCUUAGGCGCUGGCUUUGACAACAUUCAAAAUGUUAUGCUUGCAGGAUUUGGAAGGUAUUACAGGACUCCUUGUAUGACAGAUGAUCUUGGUCCGUCUCCAAAUCAUUACUGUGUUAAAGACUCCAAAUGUAAUACAGAUGUGAAUCCUCCUGUGACGGAAGAAUGCCAAAAGCUUUUCACUGAUAAUCCAGAAAUUGAAAAUGAGUUCAGUAACAAAAAUUUGCACAAAAUAACAGCAAGUGACUCAUCCAAACAAUUUGAUUGUUUUCGAAAAACAUCAUUUGAGGAAGGAUCAAAAGGAUGGUGCCCUGUCACAGAUGAUGCUUCAACCAUUGGUAACAUACAAUCAACAGACUCUUGGGGGUUUUGUGGAAAAGAUUGCUUUCUAAAGGAAAAUGAAAAUAUUGAGCCUGACUCAUCAGUGUUAAGAAGUAAGGAGGGUAUUGAUGUUCUUUCAGAUGAACUUUGUAAUCAGUUCUUGUUAGCUUCUUAUUCAAUGAUAACUCCUGAAUACCUUCCAGAGGUCUUAUGCAUCGGUUACUAUAAAAAGACAAAUAUUAAAACCUAUCAAAUCUCAGCUGAUGGAAAAGUUACGGAUGGAAAAGAUGAGGCAUACCCUUAUGUUACAUCGGCUGGUACUUGCAAUGGGGAUUCAGGUGGACCAGUUUUUAUUAAAGAUGCAAAUUCUGGAAAAUUUGUAGUUCUAGGGGCUGUUAGUGGUGGUAGAGGUUUGUUGUCAAAUUGUGGGGGAAUGAAUAACCCAACCCAUUAUGCAAGAACAAGUAAGCUUGUUGAUUGGGUAAAAAAUGCUGUUGGUUCAGACUCAGGAGACAUUUGUAUUAUUGGGAAUUCAGAGGAAAGUAAAAUAAUUGUCCCUGAUGAUGUCACAACUGCUGGACCAGUGGUUAAUGAUCUUGCUUCAAUAACUGAAGAUCUAAAAAAGGCUUUGGAGGGUUUAGAUUAUGCUGGAGCAGAUGAGAAUCCAGAUAAAGCUGCAGAGGAACCAGAAUCCUUGGAACCUUUGCGGAGUACACUUGAGCCCCAGAAGACAGUAAAAUCAGCUUUUCCAGUUCAAUACAUGUUAAGAAAUACAGUAUCUCAAGAACCAUCAAAACUAUUAAAAUCAAGAAGACCAAGAUAUAAGACCUAUAUUAUAGAUGUUUAAGUAUUGAAACAAUUUUAUGACUUUAAAAGCAUAUGUGUUGAAUUACAUUAAUAGUUUACGAAUCAAAUUAAAUUUAACAUGGAUUAAAUUCUUAUUUCAGCUCUGUACUUCUAUUUUGUGAAGGCAAUAAAUCUACAUUUAUAUUAUCCUAAUAAACAACUUAUAAUUUAA